AUGUCUCAAUCUUCCGGUUCUGCUCAGAUCAAAAACAAAAUCGCUGAUACUGUGAAAACAAGAUCAAAAUCGAAGAAGGAAGAAGCAACUAUUGUGGUCAAUGCGACACCCAUAUCAAGCAUCCCUGCAACUAGUUCUAAGAAGAAGAAAUCUGCAAAAUCCACUAAGAAAGUAAGUGAAUCGUCUCCUUCUAUUUCAAUUAAAUCUGAUACUGUUAAAUCUAAGAAGAAGAAACCCCAAUCUCCCGUAAAAAGGGGUUUGAGCAUGUCUGAUCUGUACUUGAGUAAGAAUCCUUUUGAAACUGCGAAUGUGGAAUCGCAUUGUGCUGCCUCCGGCAAAAAUGCGAAUGUUGAAUCGUCUAGUAAAGAUAAUGAAGAAAGUGCUAAGUCUGUUUCUGAAAAGGUCAAUCAAGAAACCCCUUCUGCACAGGAAAACCCUAUUUCUGUUGAAACCCUAGGAAAAACCCAAAAUGUUGCUGAGAAUGUUAUUGUGACCAAUAAUCCUAGUGGUCCUGAGAAUAUGGCAGUUCCUACGAAUGUCAUAACUGAUGUUACUGAAAAACCCCAAGAAAAAGUUGUUGUGUCCGAUGCGCCAACCGGUGUUGAGCCACCCUCUGUACCAACUGAUACUGAAAAGGAUGUUGAAGCAUCCAAAGGAGAGGAAGUAAACAAAGAAAAUACUCCUGAACAUGUGGCUGAUUCUGAGCCAGAAAAUGAAACUGGUGAGAAUUCUGAGAAAACCACCAAUGAAGAACAGAAUAUAGUAGAUGUUGAUGAAGUCCCCUAUGAAGAAGAUCUGCAACCUCAACCUACUAAGAAAGGAAUUGGGAGAAGACUGAGAAGCAGGACUACUACACCUGCACCUGCUGUUAUGACUACCCCUGCUGUCAGCAAGAAAACAAAGGACACUACUCUGAAGCCUGUCAAGUAUGGUCCUAAGAAAGGAUGGAGCAAGUUUGUACCCCCUUCUGAAAAGAAAAAGGCUGCAAAGGAUGACUCAAGCAUCAAGCCUACUGCUAAGAAGGCUAUGCCUCAAGUUACUGCUCCUGACACUGAAGACUUUCCUUGUGAUAACGUUUCAUUUCAUCUUCCAUCUUAUGCUCAACGAUGGGGAAUAAUAUGCAGAAGAAGAUUGGCUUUGGAGAGGGAACUAGGCAAAGAUAUUCUAGAGUGUGAAGAGAUUGUGAGCUUGAUCAAUGAUGCUGGAUUGAUCAAAACUGUGUGGGGCUUAGGCUCUUGCUAUGAGAAGCUGGUUAGGGAGUUUGUUGUCAACAUUCCUAUAGGUUGUGACAAUCCCUUGGACAAAGAAUUUCAGAAGGUAUUUGUUCGAGGAAAAUGUGUGACAUUCUCUCCAAGUGUGAUCAACAAGGUGCUGGGUAACUCAGAUGAUCCUCAUCCUGACAUAGAAGUAUCUGACAAUGUGGUAUGCAAAACCAUCACAGCUGACAAAGUGAAAACCUGGCCAAAGAAGGAGAAGGUACCUGCAGUCAAGCUGACCCAAAAGUAUUCCAUUUUGAAUCGUAUUGCAUCUGUCAACUGGGUUCCUACUACACAUGCAUCCGAUAUUGCUACAAGUCUGGGUAAGCUCAUUUACAUGAUUGGUACUGGUGCAAAAUUUAAUGCUGGUCAAUAUAUCUUUAAUCAAGUUGUGCAGCAUGCUAAGACUUCUGUCACCAAGCAACCCAUUGCAUUUCCAACAUUGAUCUGUGACAUCAUCUUGUCCCAACAUCCUAAUAUAAGGCAUGAGGGUGAGUCUGCUAAGAAAAGGGCAACUCCUCUGGCCAUUCAUCAGAAGCUGUACAGUAAACAGCAUGCUCCAGAUAUUGUUGGACCAUCAACUGCUGCUGCUGAUACUCCUAUGACAAGGAAGGAGAUGAUUGCUAUGCUGGAAGCAAACUGUAAGGAGCUAGAUGAAAAGAAGUUGCAGUUUGAAAGGAUGAUACAUGCUCUCAGGGUUGAAGAGGCUGCAGCUCAAGCAGCUGAUGCAGGUGAUGAUGUCUGUGGGCUGAGCCCUGUAUUUAGCACCUAG